UCGACCUCCACAGGUUGCGCGGUCCGAGAGGAGUAGAGAACACAGAGGAUGGCGAUGGCGUUAAACCUGGUUACAUUUCAGAAGUCGCAGGGGCUUCAGGUCUCUUGCAGAAAGAAAGAAAGAGACAGAGAUCAGUACCCCUACAAGGUCAUUGAAAUCACGCCACCGCCCAAGAACCUCGGUGUUCGCUGCUUCCCCCCUAACAUGCAGUGUGGGGAGAGUGUGACAAUAGAAGGCCAAGCAUACACUGUUUCAGCAGUAAUCCACCGGUACCAGCUUCGCAAGGGAAAGUAUGAACCCAGUGAGAAGAGGCUUGAUGUGCAGUCGACUGGGAGAUAUAUACUGAACUUGUACCUGGAGAAUCUAUUAGAACAAUCAUGAUUCUGAUUAUUCACCAAAACUCUUAACAGAAUACCAUUGUAACCAUCCAAAGUGCCCAUUCUCUUCAUAUUUGUUAAUAAUUCUUUGCUAUGUUUCCCCUAGUUGAUGUAGAAAUGUAAGAAUAUAGGAAUAUCAUGUCA